AUGGCGUCGAUAGUGGUGUUCCUUCGAGCAUUGAUGAGUUGCCGUCUUACGCCCAACGAGGAGCCGACCGCGGCGGCUUCUUUGUCAGCGGUGAAACUUUACAGAAAUGUUGCCGGCGAUCAUCACGAGUUUAUCAUCGAAACUACAUGUGGGGUCAACGAUAUGGAUGAAGGGUUUCACUGGAACAUCGUCAAGAAUCACUUGUUGAUGUAAGUUUGUGAAGCGUAUUAUAUAAAUAAAUCCACUCCUUGCAUAAUAUUAUGUUUACUUAUAACGUUACUUAUCAUUGGAUCGACCAUGCUUAUAUCACAUGAUGUAUACGAGCGUUUUGGACUACCAAAU